AUGCUUCUCUUGAGCAGUUCCUUCUGGAUCUUCCUCAGCCGCCGCUGCAAAUGUAUCAGGAGCUACGGCAGCAACAGCAGCAGCAGCAGCAACAGCAGCAGCAGCAGCAGCAACCGCAGCAACAAGCUCAGUAUCAUGAUCAACAGCAGCAACAGUGCAUGCAGCGUGACACCGACAGCAGCCCAUGCAGCUCCCCAUCAGCAGGUGCGGCAGCGCAGGCAGAAGCUGUGGCAGCGCCUGAGACGGAAACCGCAGCAACCGCAACAACAGCACAAGUUCAAACGGAAACCGCACCAGAAGAAGCCACAACAGCAGCAUCAACAGCAGCAGCAGCAGCAGCAGCAGCAGCAGCAGCGGAUCCUCCAGGAAACCGCACCAGAAGAAGCCACAACAGCAGCAUCAACAGCAGCAGCAGCAGCAGCAGCAGCAGCAGAUCCUCCCUCGGCACUCAAGGGCCUUCAGGAACUGCGGCAAAUGGGCACUGCGCAACAGCGUCAGGUAUACAUCCGGCUGCUGGGGAAGACGGAGGAUUCAGUUGCAGCUUCUGCUGCUGCUGCAGCAGGAACAGCAGCAGCAGCAGCAGGUGCUGAUGCUGCUGCUGCUGCCGCUCCUGCUGCUGCGGGGCUCUCGCCCAGCGUGCUGAUGUGUCUGCAUGCGCUCGAGCUCGAAGCCAUGCAACAGGGGCUGCUGCUGGCAGACGUUCCUAAGGAAGAGCUGUUCAGACACCUCCAGGAGUCGCAGCUGCCUGGAGAGCAGCAGCAGCAUCAGCAGGAGGAGGAACAGCAGCAACAACAGCAGCAGCGGCCCCUGCUGCUGAAUACGGAGUGGCUGCAGCAACAAAAGGAAGCUGCAUACGGCGCUCAGCUGCCUGGAGAGCAGCAGCAGCAUCAGCAGGAGGAGGAACAGCAGCAACAACAGCAGCAGCGGCCGCUGCUGCUGAAUACGGAGUGGCUGCAGCAUCAAAAGGAAGCUGCAUACGGCGCGAACCCGUACCCGAUUCCCCUGCGGUGGACGCAGCAAGAUUUGCCCUCGAACCUUCCACAGCAGCAGCAGCAGCAACAACAGCAACAACAACAGGAGCAGCAGCACGAGGAGCUGUUGCCAUCUCGUUCGUCUACAGAAGAGGCUGUGAGUCUUCUGCGGAGGAGACAGGUCAUAAUAGAGGGCUGCAUAUGGAGACGCCUGACGGCAGAGGUGCAGCAACAGCUGCAGCAGCUAGCAGCAACAGGAAGGGGAGGGGACUCGGGUCCUGCCAAGAGACUGUGGGUCCCUUGGGUGCACGAUAUGGCUAAGCCGAUAGCGAAGCUGCAGGAGACGCAGCGGGGAGUUGCUGCAGCAAUAGCAGCGGCGGUUGCUCCUUCAGACGACGCAGAUGCCGCAGCUUCCACUAAAGCAGCAACAGCAGCAGCAGCUGCCGCCGCUGACUUAGACAGCAAUGUGGCCUGCCUACCGCAGCAACUCGAGCCUGAAUUGCUAGCUGUCAUCACGCUGACUUAG